GACGCCAUUUUCCCACCACUUCUAUGGAAACUGAAAGUUACUCCUCAAAGCUUGCCGGGAAGUGUAGUCCAACCUCUGGGGCCAAUGCGCAAGCCCUUGCCCAGGAGAACUGCAAGACCCGCAAUGCCCCGCGCCUGCGUGGGACGAGGAGUGAGGGGGAAGGAGAGGAGGCGGGGCGACAAAGCAGUGGGGAGGCGGCGACGACGCCUGCGCAGUGUGACCGGGAUGGCGCAUUUUCUUGCUUCGAGUAAUGCAGUGUCGCUGGUGGCUGAGGAGGGUGGAGAGUUCUGUGGUGAAGCAAGGGGAGGGACCCAUGUAGACGUCAGGCGGAGCCUUGGUCAGAACUAUAAAGUGGGAAGUUGAUGCUGGGUACUACUACUCCCCGGACCGGCAACGCGAAAAGUUGUGAUAUCACCGUUGAACCCGCGUUUCCGUUGGUUCAUUCAAUCGUUCACAAAUUUGUUGAGUGCCUACCAUGUAAAAAAAAACGGUGCAGACAGGAAGUAAAGUGGACACACGAGUGUGACCUUGGUAAUAGUGAUCAGCUUUGAAAUUUAAAAACAAUGGAGAAGACUCAAGAAACAGUCCAAAGAAUUCUUCUAGAACCCUAUAAGUAUUUACUUCAGUUACCAGGAAUCUCUAUGACUAGCUCCUGUUAGAAACUAUUUGGGGCCUUAAAAGUAUCAAUCCAGACCCCAGAAUCUGGUGAAAGGAAAAAAAUAUUAAAGCACAACUGCAUUACCUGUAAGCAAGUGAGAACCAAACUUUCACAGGCAUUUAAUCAUUGGCUAAAAGUUCCAGAAGAUAAGCUACAGAUUAUCAUUGAAGUGACAGAAAUGUUGCAUAAUGCCAGUUUGCUCAUCGAUGAUAUUGAAGACAACUCAAAACUUCGACGUGGCUUUCCAGUGGCACACAGCAUCUAUGGAAUUCCAUCUGUCAUCAAUUCUGCCAAUUAUGUAUAUUUUCUUGGCCUACAGAAAGUCUUAACCCUUGACCACCCAGAUGCAGUGAAGCUUUUUACCCACCAGCUUUUGGAACUCCAUCAGGGACAAGGUCUAGACAUUUAUUGGAGGGAUAAUUACACUUGUCCCACUGAAGAAGAAUAUAAAGCUAUGGUGCUGCAAAAGACAGGUGGACUAUUUGGAUUAGCAGUAGGUCUCAUGCAGUUGUUCUCUGAUUACAAAGAAGAUCUGAAGCCACUACUUAAUACACUUGGGCUCUUUUUCCAAAUUAGGGAUGAUUAUGCUAAUCUACACUCCAAAGAAUACAGUGAAAACAAAAGCUUUUGUGAAGAUCUAACAGAGGGAAAGUUCUCAUUCCCUACUAUUCAUGCUAUUUGGUCGAGACCUGAAAGCACCCAGGUGCAGAAUAUCUUGCGCCAGAGAACCGAAAAUAUAGAUAUUAAAAAAUACUGUGUACAUUAUCUUGAGAAUGUAGGUUCUUUUGAAUAUACCCGGAGUACUCUUAAAGAGCUUGAAUCUAAAGCCUAUAAACAAAUUGAUGCACGUGGUGGAAACCCUGAGCUCGUAGCUUUAAUAAAGCACUUAAGCAAAAUGUUCAAAGAAGAAAAUGAAUAAUCAGCCAUUCUUGAUUAGGCCUGGUAGCUUGUUGUAGUUGACUAUUUUUUUGUCUUUUAGCGUAUUGCUUUUUUAACAACUUGGACCAAGCUGUCAGUCUCCAGAAAGUGGAUAGGGGUGAUGUGAGUGAGGUUGUUUCAAUUUAUAACCCCUUUGCACAGAUAAUCAUGGUACAAAGUUGAAGGAAUCAAAAGGAACCACAUUUAAAUAGGUUUUAUUUGAAUGUCAGAAUGUGCUGUGUUUGGACCUUAUGGACAACUGCCACAAACGUUCUGUCAAUAAAGAAGACUUCAGCUUCCAGGAAUUUUUAUCAAAUACUUCCUAACUGUACUGUGUGGGCAGUUCCUCAUUUGUCUACCCCAGUUCCAAGCCAGUGACUCCUUGGGGCCAGUUUCUGUAGCUAGCUAGCCCAGAGACCACUGGACCUCCUCUUCUUCCUAAAUGUUGCUACUUAGAAUAUCUCAGUCUCCUCUUGGAAACUCCCUCACUAAAGUCUUCCAUGAAAAUCUGACUAUGGUAAGCAUUAAGCAAAGGGGGUCCUUCUUCUUACCCCCUUCCUUUUUUUCUUCCUCCCUGCCCAGCAAAUUUUGCUCUUUAACCAAGGAGUCUCCACUUAAUGAAAUUUAUAUGCUAGCCCAAAUUCAUUCUUUUUUUCCUUUUAAUCUGUGACCCAAAACAUUACUAUCUGGAUACAGCAGUGUCUUUCCAUUUAGGAAGGAAAAAAAAAAAGUACAUGGAAAAAGUAUUCUAGGAAGGAGCCUUUAUUUAAGCUUUUUUAUAUUUUCCUAUCAGUAGUAAAAAUCAUAAAAGAGCUAUUUGCAAGGAGCUUUUGCUUAAGUACAAAAGCAGAGGGAAAUGCUCUUUUCCUUGCCAUUCACGUCACCACUCCCCCUUGAAGGCAAUUGGUGCUUGAAUGGAAAGGGAAGGUAGGUAUCUUUAAUCUCUGUGAUUAAAGGAAUGAAAAGUGUAACCUGAGAGCUAGUGACUGACUGAAAAGUAGUCAAAGCUAUGCUGUCAGGCACUAAUUAGCUUUAUAGUGCUUUAACCCUGACUCUCUAUCCCUUUUGUGUAAUUUCCACCUCCAAACCCCUGGAACUAUCUGUGGCAAUAAGAGGUAGGGGGGAUAAAAACGAUCACCCUGAUUCCUUCAUUUAGAAGUGUUGCUGACCUCUCAAAAUGAAACUUUUCCAGAAACCUUGCAUUUUGCUUGAGUGGUUCUAUUAUAGUAUAUUAAAUCAGAACUAAUCACCAUGUCCUUGUAUGAGACAUUAUCACUGAAGCCCUCAACCUAAAUUUUUGAAAAGUUGAUUAUUCCAUUUACUAGCUUUUAAAGUCAUUUGAAUCUUCCAUUUUAAUUGAUAUAAAGAAAAUUUAAAAUCAUGGGUAUUUAUGCCGCAUUAUGGAAACUUGAACUUUGUGUUUAUAAAUCUGUUACUUAAAAGCUUAAUGAUUAUUCAAGAAGAUCUAACACUAUAUAGACAAAAUAUUUACCUUUAAGAUGAAGGCUCCUUACCUAAUCAAAUUAAGUUUGGCCUGGUACUAUUCAUGAUUCUUUGUCAUUUGUAUCUGGCCUUUGUUGAUGACAGAAAUGCUUGACUUUGAAUUGGGGACUUUACAAAGCAUCAUUUGAUCCAUUAAUCAGAAAUCUAUUCUUUUCACUUGAGCUAUCAUCACAGUUUGUCAAUACAGAAGGAAAACAAUGUAAGAGUAGUUAAAAGUUUAAUAAAAUAUAGUAAUUUAUCUAGUUUUAAA